CCCUCCCAGGGCCUUCCUGAGGAUGAGGGGACUUCAGCCCUGGGGAAGAUGCACGCGGGGAAUUCUGCCUCCUGCCUUCUUCCUCCUGGGCUGCUGGGGACUCUCCCAGGCCCCGCAGCCGUUUCUCCAGGGGCCCCAGGAGGCGUCUUCUUACUUCGGCCCCCGCGCUCCCUGGAGAGAACCUUCGCUCUCAGUGCUGCCCGCGGCUGUGCCCGGCCAUCCUCCGCCGCCCCCGCCUGGCCUCUGGAGGCAGAGGAGGGCUGCUGGGAGCAUCCUGCACCUGGAGCUGCUGGUGGCUGUGGGCCCCGAUGUCUACCAAGCUCACGGGGAGGACACGGAGCGCUACGUGCUCACCAACCUCAACAUGGGGUCGGAACUGCUCAGGGACCCCUCCCUGGGGGCUCAGUUCCGGGUGCACCUGGUGAAGAUGGUCAUCCUGACCGAGCCCCAGGGUGCUCCGAAUAUCACAACCAACAUCACUGCGUCCCUGCGGAGUGUCUGCGAGUGGGGCAGGAUGGUCAACCCCCCCGAGGACACGGACCCUGGGCAUGCUGACCUGGUCCUCUACGUCACCAGGUUUGACCUUGAGCUGCCUGAUGGUAACCGGCAGGUUCGGGGGGUCACCCAGCUGGGGGGCGCCUGCUCCCUCUCCUGGAGUUGCCUCAUCACUGAGGAUACGGGCUUCGACCUGGGGGUCACCAUCGCCCAUGAGAUUGGACACAGCUUCGGCCUGGACCACGACGGCGCGGGGAGCGGCUGCGACCCCCGCGGCCACGUGAUGGCGACCGAUGGCGCCGCGCCCGCCCCCGGGGGCCUCGCGUGGUCCGAGUGCAGCCGCCGGCAGCUGCAGAGCCUGCUCAGGGCAGGACGCGGGCGCUGCGUGCAGGACCCUCCGGGGCUGCCCUCGGCGCGCGCGGGGCGCCCUCUGCACGCGCACCCCGGCCUCUACUAUGGCGCCGACGAGCAGUGCCGCGUGGCCUUCGGCCCUAGUGCCGUGGCCUGCACCUUCGCCAGCCGGCACCUGGAUAUGUGCCAGGCCCUCUCCUGCCACAUAGACCCUGCGGACCAAAGCGGCUGCAGCCGCCUGCACAUCCCUCUCCUGGACGGGACCAAGUGUGGCGUGGACAAGUGGUGCUUCAGAGGCCGCUGCCGCUCCCUGGAGGGGCUGCCCCAUGUGGGGCCGGUGCACGGGCACUGGUCCAGCUGGGGUCGCCCCAGUCCUUGCUCCCGCUCCUGUGGGGGUGGCGUGGCCACCAGGCGGCGGCGGUGCGACAACCCCAGACCUGCCUUUGGGGGGCGCGCGUGUGUGGGCGCCGACCUCCAGGCUGAGAUGUGCCACACUCAGGCCUGUGAGCAGACCCAGCUGGGAUUCAUGUCAGAGCAGUGCGCCCAGACCGACGGGGAGCCCCUGCGCCUCUCCCCAGACAGCACCUCCUUCUACCACUGGGGCGCUGCCGUGCAGUACAGUCGAGGGGACGCCCUGUGCAGACACCUGUGCCGCGCCCUUGGCCAGAGCUUCCUGGUGAGGCGCGGGGACAGCUUCCUGGACGGGACGCGGUGUGUGCCCAGCGGCCCGCGGGACGACGGGGCCCUGAGCCUGUGCGUGUUGGGCAGCUGCAGGACCUUCGGCUGUGACGGCAGGAUGGGCUCCCCGCAGGUGCGGGACGCGUGCCAGGUGUGCGGCGGGGACAACAGCACCUGCAGCGCACACAGUGGCUCCUUCACAGCUGGAAGAGCUAGAGAGUAUGUCACCUUCCUGACGCUCCCCCCCAACCUGACCAGCAUACACGUCGUCAACCGGCGGCCCCUCUUCACACACCUGGCUGUGAGGGUCGGAGGGCACUACGUGGUGGCCGGGAACGCCAGCAUCGCCCCCAGCACCACGCACCCGUCCCCGCUGGAGGACAGCCGCGUGGAGUACACAGUCACGCUCACGCCGGAGCGGCUGCCCCGCCUGGAGGAGAUCCGCAUCUGGGGUCCCACCCGGGAGGACGUGGAGAUCCAGGUUUACAGGCGCUAUGGUGAGGAGUACGGCGACCUCACCCGCCCAGACAUCACCUUCACCUACUUCCAGCCGAAGCACAGGCGGGCCUGGGCCUGGGCCGCCGCGCGGGGGGCCUGCUCGGUGAGCUGUGGGGCAGGGCUCCGCUGGGUGACCUUCUGCUGUCGGGACCAGGCGAGCGGCAAGUGUGUGGACGCCGGCCGCUGCGGAGGGAGCCAGGCGCCCGCGGCGUGGCCAGAGCCGUGUGCCUCCAGACCCUGCCCGCCGCGGGGUGCGGCGCACCUGGCCACAGGGAACAGGACCUGCCCCCAGGGGACAGGCGGCCCGGAGGCGCUGGUGACCACGGAGCCCCGCUCCGCAGACCCGAAGCUGCCUGCCCUGGCGCCCUGUGCCUCGACGACCUGUCCUCCGGGCGGGGGCCACCUGGACCCCCGGGCCGAGGAGGAGGAGGGCGCCUCCCCGUUGGGCAGCGCCAGCCUGGGGGAGCGUGAGGCACACGUGUGGACGCCCCUGGCGGGGCCGUGCUCGGUCUCCUGUGGUCGAGGCCUCAUGGAGCUGCGCUUCACCUGUGUGGACUCCGCCCUCAGGUCACCUGUCCAGGAAGACCUGUGUGACCUGGCCAGCAAGCCUGGGAGCCGGCGGGAGGUGUGCCAGGUUGCCCCGUGCCCGGCUGGGUGGAGGUACAAGCUGGCCGCCUGCAGCGUGAGCUGUGGGGGCGGGGUCGUGAGGAGGGUCCUGUACUGUGCCCGGGCCCGAGGGGAGGACAGGCACGAGGAGAUCCUGCCGGAUACCCAGUGCCAGCGGCUGCCCCGCCCAGAGCAGCAGGAGGCCUGCAGCCCAGACCCCUGUCCGCCCAGGUGGAAAGUCACGUCCCUUGGCCCCUGCUCAGCCAGUUGUGGCCUCGGCACCGCCGUGCGCUCAGUGGCCUGUGUGCGGCUCGACCGGGGCCAGGACACGGAGGUGGACGGGGCGGCCUGCGGGGGUGCGGUGCGGCCGCAGGGCAGCAUCCCCUGCAUCGUGGCCGACUGCACCUACCGGUGGCACGUCAGUGCCUGGACACAGUGCUCCGUCUCCUGCGGGGAGGGCAUCCAGCUCCGGCAUGAUGCCUGCCUCGGACCCCAGGCCCAGGCGCCCGUGCCAGCUGACUUCUGCCAACACGUGCCUAAGCCAGUGACCGUGCGGGGCUGCUGGGCCGGGCCCUGCCCAGGCCACUCCAUGGCCAGCCUGGAGCCCCAGGAGGAAACCGCCACUGCAGGCCCGACCACAGCUGCUACCACCAUGGCUCCUCUGGAGUGGCCCCUGCUCCAGGCCCGCCCCCUCUCCCCAGCCCCCCAGCCUUGGGGGCUGGGGCUCCAGGAAAGCUCCAGGGAGUCCAGUGCCUGUGGCAGGCUGCACCUUGCGGCAGCGGGGACCAUCGACAUGCGAGGCCCAGGCCAGCCUGACUGCACUGUGGCCAUUGGGCGGCCCCUGGGGGAGGUGGUGACCCUCCAGGUCCUCGAGGGGUCCCUCAACUGCAGGGCCGGGGAGAUGCUGCUGCUGUGGGGGCGGCUCACAUGGAGGAAGACGUGCAGGAGGCUGGCGGGCGCCACCUUCAGCUCCAGGGCCAACACGCUGCUGGUGAGGCAGCGCCGCCUGCGGCCAGGAGGGGGUGUGCUGCUGCGCUUUGGGAGCCAGCCGGCCCCGGGGUCCUUCCACAGAGAAUGUGACAUGCAACUCUUUGGACCCCGGGGUGAAAUCGUGAGCCCCUCAAUAAGUCCAGGUGGGAGGAAGGAGGGGGGCUGCCGUGUCUUCAUCAUGGUGGCCCCACAGGCCCGCCUCGCCGUCCACGCCCUGGUCACUGACACGCACCCCAGCGCGGAGGAGACCAACUCCAGCUACAUCUUGAUCCGGGACACCCACAGCCUGAAGACCAGGACAUUCCAUGGGCCACGGGCGCUGUACUGGGAGUCGGAGGGCAGCCAGGCCGAGCUGGAGUUCAGCCAGGGCUUCCUGGAAGCACACGCCAGCCUGCGGGGCCAUUACUGGACCCUCCAACCCGGAGCGCGGGGUCCUGGCAGUGCCCUGCCCUGGCCUCCUCGCGAGUACAUCCAACUGACCUCCUCCCAGUCCGGGAAGGGGUAGGAGGCGGCCUCACGCCCGUGACACCCGCUGGCUGCCUGGCCAGUCCUGAGAGCUGACCCUGGUGUCCCAGAGUUUUUCUGUUGGGAUUCCCACCUUGAGUUUCUCUCCCUCAGGACCACCUCCAAAGCCAGGCCAGGGGCUGGGUUGGGGGUCUCUCCGCAAAAGCAGCCAGCGCCCCUCUGGUACCAAUAAAUGCAC